CUCGCUCCCAAUGUGGUCUAAUAGUUUCUUAAAUUGUUAAAAAAAAAAAAAAACCAACAAUUAUUCAGUUUUAUUGAAAAGUUUGAACCCUAAUUUAUUUGAAUUUUUCCAUCUAUAUCAAAAACAGUCUAGUAUUUUUAUUUUGUGAGUUAAUGUGUGUUUGUUCUGUUUGUCGGUUUGUUUGUUUUUUUUUAUUUUUUUGGGGAUUCUUUUGUAUAUGAAUUCUCUGUUGGUUUAUAUUAAUUUUAUUUCAAGAUGGUCUUCUAAUAGGAUUUUUUUUUUUCUUCUAAUUCUUAAUGGAGAAAAAUUAUAGAAACCUCUAGUUAGUGAUUUAAAAUUUAAAGAAAACACCCAAAAACUCCUUUGCUUUCAAAUAAAAACUUAUAUUGAAGUACAGAAACCAAGCAAACCACCUUAAUCUUUGAUUGCAUUAAUGCUUUCCAAUGUAGUUUGGAUUUAGAGUUGUCAGUUAGACAAUGAGAGAAUGAGUUGCUAAGAGUGGUAUUUAGAUUGUUCAAAAAUUCAAGAUACUCUGUGCUAUUUGCUUUUAUGAUGUUGGUUGAGAGCCUAUAUAAUGAUUAUCACUAGUCUUCGUGCCCCAACUUUCUUAUGGGAAUAAUAACAGAAGCUUAAGUUCAAGGUCUUAUGAUUAUAAGUAGCAGAUGGUCUUAUGAUUUUAAGUAGUGGAUUUUUCCAAUUGCCAAAACAUCUUCCCAAAACUUUUUGGAGAUAAUCCAUUAUUCUACAUCGCUUUUCAUUAGCAUGCCUACCAAGCAAUGGUCAGAAAUGAGUUUGCUGGUAUGCUACUCCCUAGCAAUGAAGUUGGAGCGCUACCCAUUGUAUGUGGAGAAGAAAUUUUGAUAGAUAGAUGGCAAGUAGAAAUAGGUUCCAAGGGGGUUAAUCUUGCUUUUUUGCUAGCAAUGGUAAAAAAUGAGUUUGAUGGUGUACUACUCCCUAGCAAUGAAGUUGGAGUGCUACCCGCUGUAUGCGGGGAAGAAAUUUUGAUAGAUAAAUGGCAAGUAGAAAUAGGUUCCUGGUGGGUUGAUCUUGCUUUUUUGCUAGCAAUGGUAAUUUUAUAUUGAAUGUUGUUCGUGGUGGUCAUUAAGAUCAGUGAGAAAUCACAAGAGUAUUAACAGAGCAUUUAUGUCAGUUACAGAUGCUGCUAAAAUAAAAUUUACAAAUUUUGAUUUGGGUUUGGCCCCUUUAGAAAUUUAUUAUUAACUAUCUCUCGAAAAGUAGCACUUUUAUUUUAUUUUAUUUUAUUUUUUUAAAGAACCUAACCAGAUCUGUGAUUUUGUGCAAAUUUAAAUUUUGUUUUCUUACUUAGGAUCAUCAAAUAUAUUGAAACUUGUUUAUCUAUUUACUAUAUGUAUCUGGUACAUCAUGCCCUUGCUAAUAAUACAGGGUUUUUUCGAUAAAUAGCCACCUUACAAUUUCAUUUUAGAAAAAUAGCAAAAUUUUUUAUUUUUUUAAAAACUAACCAAUAUUUUACCUGUUUGGACUAAAGUACCCUUAAGGUGCCUAUUUAUGGGAAAAACCCAAGAGAAAAACUCUGUGUCCUUGUUCUUGCUUCAAAACGAAAGCCUCCAAUGGAAAGCUAUAAGAAAAAGUUGACUACUUUUUGACGAAUUUAUCAAAUUUCUUAGGAGUGAACCUUUUUUUUUUUUUUUUGGGUUAAAUCUUUUAUCCUUUGUAGGGGAAGAGAGCAAAGGCUUGGAUCGCUCACGAUCUGAGAGCAAUCCUUUUUUGGCCCUUGUCUCUCCCUAACAGGGAAUAAAUUUGAAAAAGAUAUGGAGAAGGUGAUGAACAUUUUGAAGCCAAAGCCAAACCCACAGCAACAAUUGAGAGAUUGGCAGCGUAGACUCCGCCAAGAGUGCCGCAAUAUUGAACGUCAGAUUCGAGAUAUACAAAGAGAAGAGAAAAGUGUGCAGAAAGCCAUUAGAGAAGCUGCCAAGAGGAAUGACAUGGUCUCUGCUAAGGCACUUGCAAAAGAAAUUGUCAGAUCAAGAAAAACAGUGACCCGUCUUUAUGAAAAUAAGGCACAACUCAAUUCAAUAUCAAUGCACCUUGGGGAAAGUGUUGUUAUUGCCCGUACUGUGGGGCAUUUAUCUAAGAGUGCAGAUGUUAUGAAGCUUGUCAAUAAUCUCAUGAAAGCUCCAGAGGUGGCUACUACAAUGCAAGAGUUCAACAAAGAAAUGACCAAGGCAGGGGUGAUUGCGGAGAUUGUAAAUGAUGCUGUUGACUCAGCACUAGACUCUGAGGAUAUGGAAGAGGAGAUAGAAGAAGAGGUUGAUAAGGUUAUGACUGCCAUUGCUGGUGAGACUGCCGCAGAGCUUCCUGAAGCUAUCAGGAAGGAGAUAAUAAAACAACCUGCUCAGACAUCAGAAAAUGGACAGGAGGAGGAAGCAAUACCCGAGGGUGUUGAUGAUGAGGAAGAAUUGGAAGAAAUAAGAGCUCGACUGGCCAAAGUACGGUCAUAAGUCAGAGAUCAAGCCUACCAUAACGUUAUGGGAGAAGUUGGGCAGUGCGUUUGCAUGUGGCCUCUUGAACAGAUUGAGAUUGCGGCGCCUCUGGCCUAAUUAUCACUAACAAAGAGAACUUCGAGGAAGCACCCACUGUAUAUUAGAAAGCAAUGUUUUUGUGAAGUUGUGAGUUAGAUGGUUAUUUGUGUAACAUUGAAGUGCGGAAUGUAUCUUUUGUCUAUACCUGAUUUAUAAUUACCAUGGUGGAAAUUUGUGUUGCUCUUGAAGCAUUGUAACUUUCAUAAUCUCAUCAACAUCAAUAAAAAAACGAAUUUCAUGAAA